AUGGAUCAUAAGUUUAAAAGCAAAUGGGAAAGUAACACCUUACUCUUUGACAACGAUUAUGGGUAUGAUGGAGUUUCAUGGCGUCAAAGAAACUUUAUGUGUAACUUUUGCAAAAAAGAGUACAAAUCUGCACAAGCUCUUGGUGGUCACAUGAAUGUUCACAGAAGGGACAGAGCUCGAUUGAGACUCUCUUCACCCUCUAUUGAGCACCCAAACCCAAACCCUAACCCUAGUUUUUCAUCACAACCGUCGUGGUUGCAGUGCUUACCCUACAAGACCUUCCAUUCUUCUCUUUUCUCUCUUUCUUCACAAUCUUCAAUCGUAGACAAAGAAGACAAGCAAGGGAUGUUCACAUUCUUACCACACUCAGAUAGUAACUCUCUUGGAGAUGUGAGAAAGAAUGUGAACAUGGAGGGGUUUGUUGCAAAUGCUGAUGGUGGGUUUAGUGGUAAUUCAUGGGAUCAAGAAAAUGAAAGUAUGGUUUUGAAGAAGAGAGAGAGUUUCAGGGUUGAAAUGGAGAUGGGUUUGCUUACAGAUGGAAAUAUUGAGAUGGAUUUGGAUUUGGAACUUCGACUAGGACGAUCAUGA